CUGAUCUGCUCUCCCUCCGGCUUCCAGGCCGCCCCUCCUCCCAAGAGAUCUUCUCCCCGCCAGGAGGAAGGGAGCUGCGGAUCCCGAUCUUCGAUUUGCCGGGGUUUUCUCGGGGAGAUCGGCUCUGGCGUAGCCUGCAGGGAGCGGAUCCCUCCCUUUCCUUCCGUUCAAGGGGGUAAAGGGGGCUUUGUCCCCGGGCUGGAUCUGUCGUUCCCCCCCGGCCAAGGAUCCCCGGUGGAUCCGGGAAGGAGCUUUGGGGAAGUUGCUUCAGAAGGUCUCUCUGUGGUCCGUAAGAGAUCGAAGCCCCCGAGCAUCCAUAUUCAUCAAGUGCAAUUGGAAAAAAUGGAGUAAACGGAGUCUUAAAACAUUUGUUGAGGAAGACGAAUCCAGCAAGCGCAAGGACCGCGUUCCUGGGUGAGCUGACAACCAUAUACAGAGACCAGUGAGGAGGUGGCCGUGAACUUCACAGAGGAGAAAGAGACGCUGUUCUUGGAUCGGGAUCCACCAACCUUUGGCCAGGACUCCAUUCCAGAGAAUUUGGAAAUUGUGGCCUGGAUGGAGAAGCAGCUUCCUGCACAAAGGGCCAAUCGAUUAAGGAGAAACCAAAUCAGUCAGGAGUGAGGGUCAUACCUGGCCUUGACCCAGAGGCCUCUUCAUUGUAACUUUAAAGCUCAAGUGGGAGAGGCUGAGUUUGGGUCCAUCCCCCCUUUCAGCCAAGAGCUCAUCAGGCACAGCUGGAGGGCAGAGAGAGACACCGAAGUCAUCCAGCUGCACCUUUUCAGAGUUACGAUGGAUUCCACCCACAAAAGCAGGAAAACAACUGUGACCAAAGAUUUGCCUUUAAGACAACUAACAAGAGAUAGUAGAAAUUCAGCCCAAGGCAGCAGCCAAAGAAAAGCAUGAAGCAUGGGAAACUCUUGGAUCCCCCAUCAGACAAAAGCAGCCCUCCAAGAACGCCCAAAAGGAGCCAUGAAUGCUCAGAGUGUGGGAAAUCCUUUGCUCGCAGGUCCCUCCUUUUGACCCACAGGAAGGUCCAUGUGGGGAGUGGAUCCAGUCAAGGUUUGGAGGCUGAGAAAUCUUUCUCUGGGAAAAACUCCAAAGAUCUCAGAAGUUCCGCUAGACUGAAGCCCUAUAAAUGUGAGGAAUGUGACUUAUGCUUUGGUCAAAAGUCAACCCUUCUUAGACAUCAGAAAAUCCACACUGGAGAGAAGCCCCAUGAAUGUCUGGAAUGUGGGAAAUUUUUCUCUGAAAAAACCACUCUCAGAAACCACGAGAGAAUUCACACAGGGGAGAAACCUUACAAGUGUUGGGAAUGUGGGAAGAGCUUUGCUCAGAAAUCAAAUCUUUGGAGCCAUGAGAAGGUUCAUGCAGGAAUCAAAUCUUACAAGUGCUUUGAGUGUGGAAAAUGUUUCAUCCAGAGUUCAGGUCUUCGGAGACAUGAGAAAACACACCGAGGGGAGAAAAAUGAAAAGUGCUUUGAAUGUGGGAAAUAUUUUUCCAGUAAAUCAACCCUGGUGCUACACCAGAGACAUCACACUGGAGAAAAACCCUAUGAAUGCCCAGAAUGUGAGAAACAAUUUGUGUUUUCUUAUGAACUUCAGAGUCACCAGAAGUGGCACAAAGGGGACCUACCCUAUAAAUGUGGGGAGUGUGGGAGAAGUUUUAUUUCACUAGCCCAUGUUCGGAUUCAUCAGAGAAUCCACACGGGGGAGAAACCCUACAAAUGUGAGGAGUGUGGGAAGUGCUUUUCCCAAAAAUGCCAACUUGGAAGCCAUCAAAGGUUCCACACAGGAGAGAAGCCAUACAGAUGUGUAGAAUGUGGAAAAUUCUUUGUAGAAAACCGAGGCCUUUGGAGUCAUCAUAAAACCCGCACAGGGGAGAAGCCACAUCAAUGCUACGACUGUGGAAGAUUUUAUCGUACUUCAUCAGCCCUUAAAAGUCAUGUGAAAAUCCACACAGGGGAAAAAAACUACAAAUGUUUAGACUGCGGGAGAACAUUUGCUCAUUCAUCUUCCCUUAGAAGUCACAGCCGAAUCCAUACAGGAGAAAAACCCCAUAAAUGCUCAGAGUGCGAUAAAUGUUUUUCACGGAAAGUUUCUCUUGUGAUGCAUCAGCGAAUCCACACUGGAGAAAAACCCUAUGAAUGCCCAGAAUGUGAGAAACAAUUUGUGUUUUCUUAUGAACUUCAGAGUCACCAGAAGUGGCACAAAGGGGACCUACCCUAUAAAUGUGGGGAGUGUGGGAGAAGUUUUAUUUCACUAGCCCAUGUUCGGAUUCAUCAGAGAAUCCACACGGGGGAGAAACCCUACAAAUGUGAGGAGUGUGGGAAGUGCUUUUCCCAAAAAUGCCAACUUGGAAGCCAUCAAAGGUUCCACACAGGAGAGAAGCCAUACAGAUGUGUAGAAUGUGGAAAAUUCUUUGUAGAAAACCGAGGCCUUUGGAGUCAUCAUAAAACCCGCACAGGGGAGAAGCCACAUCAAUGCUACGACUGUGGAAGAUUUUAUCGUACUUCAUCAGCCCUUAAAAGUCAUGUGAAAAUCCACACAGGGGAAAAAAACUACAAAUGUUUAGACUGCGGGAGAACAUUUGCUCAUUCAUCUUCCCUUAGAAGUCACAGCCGAAUCCAUACAGGAGAAAAACCCCAUAAAUGCUCAGAGUGCGAUAAAUGUUUUUCACGGAAAGUUUCUCUUGUGAUGCAUCAGCGAAUCCACACUGGAGAGAAACCCUACAAAUGUCUGGAGUGUGGGAAAUGUUUUGGGCAACCUUCAACACUUAACAUGCACACCCGAAUUCACACAGGAGUGUGGCCUUACAAGUGCUCAGAGUGUAAGAAACCUUUUCCUAGUAAAUCCAAGCUAAAAAGGCACCAAAAAGUCCAUAGCAGAGAUAAAUCUCUUCAGCUGUGAACAACAUUGGGAGCACUUUUUUUUUGAAACAACCUUUACCAGGAACUUCACACAGUGACAGAAAGGAAAUCCUACAAUUAUUUUGUGUGGAUAAAUGUUUUUUCUACUGAAGCAAAGGAACCCCAGAGAGUACACAAUGAGACAAAAGAGUGUAAAUGUUGGGAGUGUGAAUUUGUUUUGGUCACAGAGCAGCAUUAGGACCUUCCCAGAGUGAUUGUACAAAAGUUAUAUGUGUGUGGGGAGUAUAUAUAAUGUUUUGCAGAGUACAGGAAGUCUGACUUAUGACCACAAGUGGAAAUGCAUUUCCAAUUAUAAGUUCUUCCAGUUGUAAGACAAGGCACCCAGAUAUUUUUGUUAUAUUUUGUAUUGGCCCUUUGAUGAACUGAAUAAUGAGAACUGAAGAUUUAGAGAGGAAAAAAUGGGUUGAAGGAAGAUGCAGCUGGCUGUUUAUUUCGUAAUAAAGUGUUGGUGUUGAAUGUGCUUGUUGAGGGUGAAACGGGAAAGUUUCUUUUUCCUACUAUCAUUUUUGGAGGGAUUUUUCCCCUUUUUUUCAUUGUCUUUUUCAUAUAUUCGCACACAGAUAUUUCUAUUAAGUUUUUUUCUAUGCAUAUAAUCCUGAAUAAAAAUAUAUUGUUCA